UUGACUGCAACGGUUGGUAACAAGAUUUUUGUAGUUAUUAGAGUAUCGCUGUAAUUUUUAAACAUCGUUAAAAUGCGCCGUGUCAACAACGUCGAAGGAAGGGGGUACAAAGGUAAGUCAAGAUAAAGUAUAAACCGCAGCUGUGUUGAAAGAAUCAGAACCAUUUGUUUAACCGAGGAAGGGAGGAAAACCCCGUAGCGUUAUUGGCGAACGCAAAGGACAGGUGACUUCCAGUCCAAAAAGGCAAUUGAUGGAAAUCCUUUUCCAAGAAUUCAGCACGCCUACCCUAACCUCCCAUCCUCCUUCUCUCUUAACUUUUUUGUUUCCCUUCGAAGACAACAAUGAAAUCACACAUGUCAGCCGCCCCCCAGCUGAAGCGCCCUACCCUUUUUUCCGAGAAUCCCAAAGUCCCCUCCCUUUCUGUUAUUGGAAUGGUUCAUUUUCAUUUCUUUCACAGUAGUUGAUCCCUCCCCUUUAUUAUACCUAGAUUAAUGAUAUUACGUGUUAUAGCGUGGUUUCACGACAAACAUUAGACCAUUGUUCGAUUCGAUGAGCUAGUGUACCAGUGAUGCAGAUCCUACCGCGCGCCCUACAGGACAUCCACUACGAAUAGGUUUACUACUACACCGCGCAAGAGAGAACCGAUCCUUUCGUCGAAGACGUCAGUCAGUGACGUUGGAGCGGUUGUCCAACACAAGCCAGAUGAAACGUCCUCUCCUGUUUGAAGGGAGAAAAAAUCUUUCCUGUCCUGGUUCCUAUAACAUCACAAACUUAACCGAAAUCCAAAGCAGAAGAAAUGGCCCAGUCGCACACGUCCUGGGGUAUAAGAAGUCGACGUGAACUUUUAAGCUGGGAUGGUAGCAACAGUAGUAGCAGCACAAAUCAACCAUCCAAUAGUCCAACGGAUCUUCCAGUCACACUAUCAUCUGUUAACUUACUUCACCCAGAAGGGAAUUGCUCCUGGUGUGGGCAAAGCGAAAUUGGAGAUGGUGGUGUUCGCGGCCAUGUUGAAGGAUCGGGGCCUGCAAAAAUUUUCUGCUCUGAAAUUUGUUUCUCGCAAUGUCGACGGGCAGCUUUCAAACGUGCAAAGGUCUGUGACUGGUGCAAACAUGUCCGACAUACAGUCACAUACGUCGACUUGCACGAUGGCCAGCGCCAAUUGCAGUUCUGCACCGACAAAUGCCGUAACCAAUACAAAAUGAGGAUUUUUUGCGCCGAAGCUAGCUCAUUGGGCGUACGAAGUUGCACAACACCUGGCCCAAAAAGUGCGACUUCGCCUGGUACCUCGAUCGAUCUCAAAGAACAGUCGACAGGCAUCUUAAUCACGCCUGAUUUAUGGCUUUCUGACUGCGAACUCGAUAAACCGUUCACUGUUAAACUUGAAUGCAACGAAGAUACAGAAUUAGCUUCAGUUGAUUCCGAACCUGAACAGCAAAGCUGUGAAGUUCCGCUGAAUCUUGUGCACUCUUCACGGCGGGACGACCAGUCAAUCAAAAGAAACUCGAAUCUAGUUGAAAUCCCUGAAACCCCUUUAUCCAAGAAAGGUAAGAGUCAUCGGAAGCACCACUCAAGCAGUCGCCAAUACAAAACAACGGUACAUUCGCGCAACAUGAUUCCACCGCCAACGCCGGCUCUACCAUCGACAGCUUGGCCAUCGUCUUUUCCUUAUCCUCCACAAAUGGUCCCAUCUUACAUCCUGCAGUCACAAUUCUUAGCUUUGAAUCGGUCGCUUAAACCAUUAAAAAAUCCCAAUUUGCACAGUGAAAACCCCAAAGAUGAAGUAGUUAAACCAGCCAUCGAACCGGACAAAACGCCGUUCGAAGCAAUUCUUGAAAAACCAUUAACGCCAGACGUUAAAUCACCGAUUGAAGAUGAAAGGACAACAGAGCGCAGUGAUCCUGCAAAUUUGAAACCACAAACGGAUAACAACAGUAUUCUGGCACAGGAAUUACCUCCAAAUUUUGUUGUUUUGCGAAUCCCAUAUUUGGUACCUUUACCCAUUCCCGUUCCCAUACCUAUCCCUUUAAACAUACACGAAAAGUAUUUAAAACAUAUCUUGACGUGAAUCAGCAUGUUCAGAUGCCUAUCACAAACGAUCUCACCAUUACCUUACUAGUUUAUCGUAGUCUUUGGUACACUUUGUCGAUGUUUUGAGGAAUUGUUUUUCAUCGAAUAAAGGAUUCUUCGUCUAAAA